CAAGUAUUUUGCCCAAAACAUUUUUACCUGUAUACAGGUGAAAAAGACCUAGUCGUCAUCGGAUCCGGACCCGGUGGAUAUGUCGCUGCGAUCAAAGCCGCACAACUCGGCAUGAAAACCGUGUGCGUCGAAAAAUAUCCAACUUAUGGUGGCACCUGUUUAAAUGUUGGUUGUAUACCCAGCAAGUCUCUGCUCAAUAAUUCGCAUUACUAUCACAUGUGCAAGUCGAAGGACAUGGAAAAUCGUGGUGUUGACUUAGGGAACGUUAGUCUUAAUCUCGAGCGCUUGAUGGCUGCCAAACAAAAGGCCGUAUCCACGCUCACGGGAGGCAUUGUCCACUUGUUCAAAAGCAAUAAGGUAAUCGACUUUUGUAUCUAUAUUCUUGGCCCUGCAUUCAAGGGGGGGCAUACUUACAAGGAGUUGUAUAUCGAAUCGCCAGAAGAAGUGUCAUUCAAAAACUUUUUUGAUCUUAAUGAAAGCUCUUCGUCAAAAGACAACUUUUCGUUUUGCCUUUCCAUGCCUUCUCCUACCCCCAUGGUGGAGGGUAUCCAGGGUGUCGGUACGAUCGCUAGUCCGAAUGAGGUUGUUGUGAAAAAACCUGACGGAAGUGAAGAGAGGAUUUCGACAAAAAACAUAUUGAUCGCCACUGGGAGUGAUGUUACUCCGUUUCCUGGCAUUGAAGUUAAUGAAAAAACUAUUGUAACCAGCACUGGGGCUCUCUCUCUUCAAAAGGUCCCCAAACACCUCGUUGUCAUUGGCGCCGGCGUCAUUGGUGUUGAACUAGGUUCGGUUUGGAAGCGCUUGGGAGCUCAGGUAACCCACAAUCUGUAA